UGAAAAGUGCAUGAAAGUGAACCGUAUUGUAAAAGAAUUCUAAAAGCAAAUGUUAAAACGGCAGGAUGGAAAAAGGAGCUCCUGAUCUCCUAUUAUCUCUUUUUCUGCCCUCAAAAGGCAUAGUCUGCCUCCCGCCCUGCCCAAAACAAGAUUAAGUUUGUAUAUAUGGUUUUUCAUGAGUGGCGAAAUACUUCCGCAUAUCUUUCUGAGCUGCAUGCAGCAACGGAAAGGAUUAUUUGAGAGGCAGGUCAAGAAUUAACAUGUCUCUUGGUAACCACUCCCUCUGGAAUAUAGCUGUGAUGGAGAAAAUUGCUGAUAUUUUGAGAUUUCGACAAGGACUAAAACAUCCUGACGCUUUGUAUAUGAUUUGACAUUCCUCUAUGACAUAUACAGCAGAACCAUCAUUUUCAAGACAGCCUUCAUCACAAGCCCGGAACUAUACUUGACGAUCCGAUAAAGUUGAUAAUCUUCACUUGGACUUUGAUAUUUUAACUCGCGUGCAAGUGCUCAUUCUACAUGCCUAUUUUAUCGUUUAGUUUUUCACCUUUUGCUUUUUGCCCGUUGCUAAAAAUUGUUCUCUCUGUUUUAUAUACAUUGUAAAAGGGAAAAAACGCUUAAAAAAAAAGAAUUAACAUCAUGAUGGUGUGGUAGGAUAGAGAGUUUGACUUAGAUCAAAUUCCUGCUCAGCAGUGAUGUUUCCCUUUGGUAGAGCACCUCCUCUGCCUUAUCCUACCUCUCAGGGCUGUUGUGAAGACAGAACAGAUUUCCCCCUCUCCCCGCCAUGAACUCUGCCUUGAGUUCCUUGAAGGAAAGUUGCCAUAUGAGUCUGGUAAUGCAUGCAUGGAAAAAAAAAUUAAUACAUUUUAGCCCUGAUCUGAGGUUAUUUUUUUCCCUUUGGUGGGUGACGGGAAUACCUGGUUAAACCCAACAGAUAUCGUAGGAGAGCAUCUUUCUUUUCUCUUGCAUAUUUUCUUCUCCUCUUCCUUAGGUAGCAGCCAUGGGGGAAGUGGAGCGCAAAUUCAUGGCUCUCCGGGACGAGCUGGUAGCUGCUUUGAUCGAGAAUCCCUUAGAGCAGAACCCAGAGACUGUACAGCGUCUGCUACAGAUGCCGUUUCCCCCAGCCCAGAAAUACCUGGAAAUAGAUGCCAAGGGUAUUGUACGAGCAAAUACCCAGGGGCAGCCUCAAAAGGACCUUCGCACCCUCUCCACUGCCCUGAACAUCUUGGAGAAAUAUGGGCGCAACCUGUUGAACCCACACAAGCCCCGCUUCUGGAGGACCGUCAAGUUCAACAACCCCGUUUUCCGGGACACAGUGGAUACCAUCCAGGGAGGGCGGGACGUCCUUCGCCUCUACGGAUAUUCGGAGGAACAGACGGACGGACUUUGCUUCCCAGAACAUCUGCUGGAGCCAGAUACCGCUCACGUGGCCUCGAUCACGGUGGAUGUCAUGAUUCUACGGGCUGAACUGAAUCUCCUCAUUUCGGACAACCACCCCAAUCCUCGGGUGUUGCAGGAACUAAUGCAGGGCGGGGACAGCUUACAGGCCGGCCUAAUCGCAGACGCCUUCCCUGUUCAAGAAGUGAUACCGCCACGCGCUGUUUCGACAUUAUCGCCCACAGGUUACCUGCCCCCAGAAUCCUGCUUGCUGUGUGGUUUGGAGCCUCCAUUGCUACAUUGCCCCGCUUGCGCCCAGUCCCUGUGCCCAGACUGUGACCGCCUCUUCCACAAGCACCCCUCGCGGAUCCAUCACUGCCGGGUGCCCAUGAAGGAGCAAGCUUGGCGUAGCCCCCCUGCACCCAGCGUGACCCUGAUGACCUCUGACGCUGGGUCCCUGAGGCCUCCGACAGAACCCCUAAUGCCGCCCUGGCACAGCCUGACCACCCAGCGGCUCCCUUGGUCCUGCGCCGCCUGCCGCAUGAACAACGACGCCCGCUCCGUCCUCUGCGUGUCCUGCGACCGGCCCCGCGGCUGCAAGAACCCGUUGCCCGAGGACGAGCUGGCCAGCUUGGGGCAGCUGGCCCGGGGGCGCUGGGCUUGCCAGUCGUGCACCUUUGAGAACGAGCCGGCCACGGUCCUGUGUGCCAUGUGCGACAGACCCCGCCUGGCGGGGAAGCCGGGGACGGGGGACGCAAAGCCCCUCAUCGCCUGGGGCAAAGAGCCAGGGCCGCAACAGGAAGACGCCUCUGGCUGGCAGUGCGAGCACUGCACCUUCUGGAACAAGUGCCCCGGGCGGGUGUGCGAGAUGUGCAACUGCACCAGCCAGCGAGGGGGCCCCGAGCCCUCGCGGCCCCACGCCAAGCCGGAGGAGGACGAAAGGUCGAGGAAGGGGGCGGCGGAGCUCAAAGCCGAUCUGAGGAGUCUGCGGAAGGCUCUGCCCGUCUCCCAGGAGGAGGAGGAGCGUCGGAGGCAGGAGAAACUGCGGGAGGACGGGCAGAAGAUGGUGGCCAUGAUCCGGGAAGCGGAAAAGGUCGGCUUGGCCCCUGAAUUGGUGGCGGCCGCCUUGCGCUACUCUGGGGCAGAGCUUCCCCUGGCGUGGCUGAAUUCGGAGCUCCCUGGGGUGCUGGAAGGCGUGGCUGAGCUGGCCACACAGCGAGGCGAGCAGGAGCCCGGCGGAGGGCUGGGGGUCUUGACCCGCCAGGAAGUCCAAGCAUCUUGGACAGAGAGCCUGGGGGACGUGGACGAGGCCGUCAGCCGAUGCCUCAGCGCGCGGCGCAGGAAGUUGCGGGAGCUGAAGGCGCUGGGCUUUGAGGAGCGUGGCCCCGUGCUGCAGGCCCUGUACCAAAACAACGGGGAUUUGUGGCAAGCAUUGACGCAACUGCAGUGCCAGCGGUUGGAGCCCUUUCUUCAGCGCUUGUGGGAGAAUGAAGACCCUCCCUUUGACUUCCACAGCCCCGACCGACAGGCUCUCCUCCGCCGCCUGCUGGCCUCCCUUUCCCUGCCCAGCUGGGGCCGAGCGGAGCUGGUGGUCUCCUUGAUGCUCGAGCAGCCGAGCGAAGGCGGAUGGGAGCUGGCCGACAUCGUGGAGGCCGUCAAGGCCUCGCCCAGUCGGGACUUCAUCAAGCGUCUCUUGAGCUGGGAGUGUGCCGUCUGCAGCCUGGCCCUGCCUCGCAAUAAGAUGCAGUCGCUGACGUCGUGCGAGUGCACGAUUUGCCCGGAAUGCUUUGCCCAGCACUUCACCAUCGCCGUGAAGGAGAAGCACAUCACGGACCUGGUGUGUCCGGCCUGCUCAGAGCCCGAGAUCAGCGACGAAGGGGAACUCAUCAACUACUUCUCCACCCUCGAUAUCCAGCUGCGCGGUUGCCUGGACCCCGAGACCUACGAGCUCUUCAACAAGAAGCUGAUGGAGCGCGUCCUCAUGCGCGAUUCAAAGUUUCAGUGGUGCACGCAUUGCUCCUUCGGCUUCAUCUACGAGUCUGAGCAGCUGGAGGCCAAAUGCCCGCAGUGCCGCAAGAGCUUCUGCGUCCAGUGCAAGCGUCAGUGGGAGCCUCAGCACCAGGGCCUGACUUGCGAUGAGUUCCUGGAGUGGAAGCGGACCAACGACCCCGAGUACCAGGCCCAGGGCUUGGCGGUCUACCUGCAGGAGAACGGAAUUGCGUGUCCAAAAUGCAAAUUCUCCUACGCUUUGGCCCGCGGAGGCUGCAUGCACUUCCAGUGCUCCCAGUGCAGACAUCAUUUCUGCAGCGGCUGCUACAGCGCCUUCUACGCCAUGAAUCAGAAAUGCCCCAUCCCCGAGUGCCCUAUAAGGCGGUCCCUCCACGGCCACCACCCCCGCGACUGCCUCUUCUACCUCCGCGACUGGGACGUGCCUCGCCUGCAGCGCCUCUUACAGGACAACAACAUCAUCUUCAACACAGAUCCUCCGGCUGGGACCCGCGCCGCCCCUGGAGGCGGCUGCCGUGUGAUGGAGCAGAAGGAGACCAUAAACGGACUGAAGGACGAGCCGUGCGGGAAGGAAACCCAAGAUGGUUACGCUGGCCUUUGCCAGGCACACUACAAGGAGUACCUGGUCAGCCUCAUAAACAGCCACUCCCUGGACCCAGCCGUCCUCUACACCUUGCAAGAAGUAGAGAAUGUCUGCCGGCGACACUCCCCUGCUGCAAUGCUGCCGCCUCGGGCGCCAGCCGAGGAUGACGAAGCUUAUCGAGGGCGUUUGGUCAAGAUUCUGAUGGAUCAGGAGCCUCUGGGUCCCAAAAUCCCACGCCGAAGGAAGUAGGCGGCCUUCGCCGGUGCUGAGAGGAAUCAGGAGGUGCACGGCUGCAGUCUGGCUCCUUGUUGGGGAGAGUUUGUCUGGGGAAAGCUGACCGGAAGCAGGCCUUGCGUCUUCAAGAAAAGCCUCCUCGCAGGGCAGGGCGGGAGGAGCAAUGUUAAUAUUUCUUAAAGUCUUUUUUUUUUUUUUUUGAGUUUCCGAGGUGCCUUUCUCAAUGCUGCCUUCCUACUGUUCAGGGAUGGGACCAGCCGCGUCUCAUUGCGGUCCAAGACCUGACCGCUUCCCCUUCUUUCCUUCUCUCCCCAUCGUGACUCCGAAUAAACAGUUCUGUGUUUUAAAAGAACAAACGCAUCGUGACGCUCCUUCUUCUUUUUUGCCAGUCCAGGCACUGCCCUCCUCAGU